AUGAUUUCUCAUCCACCUUCACCUACUGCUUUAGCUACUGUACAUCCUGGUCCUCAACCUCUUUACUUACCACCUCCUAGUGUACCGGUGAUAGUGGAGGAUUUGGUACCGCCAGAUAACUUUGCCACCGUUUGUAAAGGUGUUUAUCGAUCUGGUUUUCCUUUGAAACGUAAUUUCGGAUUCAUGGAGACAUUACAGUUGAAAACGGUUUUAACUCUUGUGUUGGAAGAUUACCCAGAGGCCAAUUUGUCAUGGUGUCAAUCACAAGAUAUUCAAUUUAUGCAAUUUGGUAUCCCAGGGAAUAAAGAACCAUUCGACAAUAUCCCCGAACAUGUCAUUCGAUCUGCCUUGGUGACCGUCUUGGACCAGAGGAAUCACCCGAUCCUGAUUCAUUGUAAUAAAGGCAAGCACCGUACCGGCUGUCUGAUAGGUUGUAUCCGUCGAAUUCAAUCUUGGUCACUCACAUCUAUCUUUGACGAAUAUCGUCGGUUUUCUUUCCCUAAAUCUCGAGCUGUAGAUCAACAAUUCAUCGAUCUUUUCGACGUUGAUCAAGUUUGGGAAGAGGUAGUAAUUUCUGGAGGUGGUUUAGAACAUUUACCAAAGUGGAACAUGAUUUCUUUACCUAAAGGUCGUUUGGCUACUAGAUUGAAAUCGAUUCAAUCACAUUGA